AUGACAUCUUUAUCUGUAUCAUUAAAACCACCUUGUACCGCAUGUGGUAAUAAAAAUGCAGGUAUAUUUCGAUGUGAAGGAUGUUUACAAGUAUUUUGUCGAAAACAUCUUAAUGAACAUCGAGAUUUUCUUAGUUAUCAAUUGGAUGAAAUUGCUCAGGAACAUGAUAUUUUACAACAAACUAUUGUUGAAAAUGAAGACAAACAAAUAAAUCAUCUUCCUAUUCUUAAACAAAUUGAUCAAUGGGAAAAAGUUUCGAUUGAAAAAAUUCAACAAACAGCAGAAGAAGCAAGAAUACAAGUUAAAAUAUUGACUAGUUUACAAACAGCUUCAAAAGAAUUACAUGAUCUUGCUGAGCGAUUAGAAAAAGCUCGUAUAGAUGAUGAUUAUGUUGAAACAGAUCUUCGAACAUGGACAAAUAUGUUACAAAAAUUGAAAGAUGAUAUUAAUACAUUUUCUCCAUCGAUUUCUAUUCAAGAAAAUCCAGAAGAAAUACUUGUUGCUAAAAUAUAUGUUUCUACAACACUACAACAAUUAAGACAACAGGAAAAGUUUAGAGAAUUCUUUGGAUCAGUUCGUAUUGAAGAUAAUGAUUUUAUGGCGAUACAUGACGGUCUACAGAAUGGUACAGCUUUUGUACGAGGAAUCGGUGAAUAUUCAUCGGGUACACAUAAAAUUCGGUUUCUAUUUAAAAAGAAUAGUCUCAAAUAUAAGACUUGGUUUGAUAUUGUCUCAGCAUUAAGGUCAAUCAGUGGAACAUCCGAAGAAUCUUACGAAAGCUUUGGAUGGUCAAGUGAUGAUGAUAUUUAUUGUACUGAUGAUAAAAUGACAGGUGAUGAAAAUUUUCGAGAUAUGAAAGGUCAAACUUCAUUUGAAAUCGAACUUCAACUUGAUUGUGAUAAUCAAAAAAUUAGUUAUGUUAAUCAACGAACAAACAAUCAAAGAGAGUUAAAUGUCGAUAUUAAAAAAUGUUCAUUUCCAUGGCAAGUUAGAUUUUAUUUGUUUGAGGUUGGAGAUUUUGUUAGAUUGCUGCAUUAA